AUGAAGUUCCUCGUCAUCAACCCCAACAGCACCGCCGCCAUGACCGAGGCUCUUGAAACGAGCCUCAGGGGCUACCUGGACGCGGCCUACAAGGAGACGGAUCUGCGCCCAGAACUGUCGUUUUUCACGGGCCCUUCUGACGCGCCUGCCCAGAUUGACGGCUCCGCCGCAAGCGUCGUGUCUACGCGCACGUGUCUGCGCGCGCUCGCCGAGACUGACACGUCCGGGCUUGCCGGGGUCCUUGUCGCUUGCUUUUCCGAUCAUCCGCUCGUCGGAGAACUGCGCGCGCGGCUACCCCGCACGACCCUUGUAGUGGGCAUCUUAGACGCCGCCGUGGCCACUUGCGUGGCCCGGGGCGUGCCGUACUCCGUGAUCACGUCCAACGACGAAUGGGUCGCGUUGCUCGACGCGGCUAUAGCGCGGCUCGCGGGUCCCGCGAUCCCGCUGGGACUGUGGCGCGGCACUGUGGCGUCUGGCGUGCCCGUGCUGGACCUGCACAAGGACGAGAACUGGGAGCGUGUGAAGAAAGUCAUCUCCGAAGAGAACAUUCAGGCCCGCAGUUCUCAGUCUAUCAUUCUCGGCUGCGCUGGGUUUUCUGGGCUGGAGGACAAGCUACACGAGGCUUUCCCCGACGUGAGUUUUAUCGACAGUGUCGUGUGCGGGCUCGAAAUGCUGGUCUCGCAAGCGCGGCUUCGCCGCUGCGAGCCCGGUGAGUGA